AUGGAUCGAUAUCUGAAGCAAUUCAAGAGCACUGAAUUAAUUUAACUCACCGCCUCCGGAGUCAUAGGUCUAAUCAUCUGUUUGAUGGCAUCCGCUAUUGGCAAUGCAGUACUUGUCGAAAUCAGUAUCAAUAUCGUUUUUUCAGCUUACUUCGGAAUUUGCUUCAUCAUCAUUGGAAUCUUGUUGCUCAUGCGAGUAAACAACUUACCCGAAAACAGUCAACUCCAGAAAAACAAAAAGUUCUUAUAGUAUUUUGGCAUCAUGGUACUCUCAUCUGGUAUCAUAUGCUUUUGUCUUGAAAGAGAUUGGAAUAAAACCAUGGGCUACUACACCAAAAUUCCCUUAUACGUCGUCUUGGGUGUCUCACUCAACUUUACCCUCAUUUUUGGGUUUGUCGACACCAUUAACUUUGUGAUUGGAUUCUUCUAACAAGCCUGGCAACGAACUCUAGUAGAAACACCCAAUCAAAUCAUCAACGCACUCUUUAUUAGUACGCUCAUCGGAUUCAUCUAUGGAUUGUUCUUCAGUGCCAUGGACAUCGAAGACAUAAGAAAUUUCAAUAAACUAGAAAGCAGAUUGAUUUUUGAAGAGAAGUUGUGCAUGCCCAUUGUGGGAUUCUUGGGUCUCAUAGGAGGAGUAGCAAACGAGUACCUGAGAAUUAGAGGAGAUAAAUUUAUGCCAUACACAUUUGAAUAAGUCAAAGAUCCUUUUACAGAAGAAAUUUGAUGUUCAUUUAAUUUUUUUUU